CUCUAGAAAGCUCCCUCACGCAGCUUCCCUUCACUCCCGCUGGUUGCCAGGAUGCUGGAGCUCCAAGCGAGAUGGGUGAGGCUGCUAUGUUUGUCGCUGCUGUGUCUCUGUCUCUGCCUGCCGAGGGAAUCCUACGCCAGGAGAGCCCCCAAGGUUCCCCGCUGUCCUACGACCUGCUCCUGCACCAAAGACAGUGCCUUCUGCGUGGACACCAAGACCAUCCCCAAGAGCUUCCCCCCAGGAAUCAUCUCUCUGACGAUGGUGAACGCAGCCUUCACAACCAUCCCGGAGGGGGCCUUCUCUCACCUGCACCUGCUGCAGUUCCUGCUCCUGAACUCCAACACCUUCACCAUGAUAGCGGACGAUGCCUUCGCUGGUCUGUCUCACCUGCAGUACUUGUUCAUUGAGAAUAAUGACAUACAGGCUCUGUCCAAGUAUACCUUCAGGGGGCUCAAAUCUCUCACUCACCUAUCUCUCUCAAACAACAACCUGCAGCAGCUGCCCAGAGAUCUGUUCAGACACCUGGACAUCCUCACGGACCUAGACCUGCGAGGGAACUCGUUCCGCUGCGACUGUAAGAUCAAGUGGCUGGUGGACUGGAUGGAGAAGACCAACACGUCCGUCCCCGCCAUCUACUGCGCCAGCCCCUUUGAGUUCCAGGGUCGCAGGAUCCACGACCUCACGCCGCGAGACUUCAACUGCAUCAGCGCAGAUUUUGCUGUGUAUGAAACCUUCCCUUUCCACUCGGUGUCAGCCGAGUCCUACGAGUUCAGUGGAGACCAGUUUGUGGCCUUUGCCCAGCCCGAUACGGGGUUCUGCACCCUGUAUAUCUGGGAUCACGUGGAGAUGGUCUUCAGGAGGUUUCACAACAUUACUUCUCGCUCUGCCGUUUACUGCAAACCAGUGGUGAUAAACAACACUCUGUACAUGGUGGUGGCUCAGCUCUUUGGUGGAUCUCAUAUAUACAAGUGGGAAGACGACCCCCAGCGCUUUGUAAAGAUCCAGGACAUCGACACGAGCCGGGUCAGGAAGCCCAACUUCGUGGAGACCUUCCAGCUGGACGCAGAGUGGUACUUCAUCGUGGCCGACAGCUCCAAGGCCGGCUCCACCAGCAUCUACCGCUGGAACAGCAACGGCUUCUACUCCCACCAGUCUCUGCACCCCUGGCAUCGGGACACCCACGUGGAGUUCCUGGACGUCGGGGGGAAGCCUCACCUCAUCCUCUCCAGCGCCUCUCAGCCUCCGGUGGUUUAUCAGUGGAACAGAAACCUGAAGCAGUUCGCUUUCCACUCCCAGAUCACCGAGCUCGCCGACGUGCAGAUGGUUAAGCAUUUUUGGGUGAGGAAAGUCCUUUACCUGUGUCUCACGCGCUUCAUCGGUGACUCCAAGAUCCUCCGUUGGGAGGGACAGCGUUUUGUAGAGAUCCAGACUCUGCCCUCCCGGGGUUCGAUGGCGGUGUAUCCGUUUACAGUGGGGCUCCGGCAGUACCUCAUUCUCGGGAGUGAUUUCUCCUUCUCCAGAGUAUAUCUGUGGGACGACCUCACUCAGCGCUUUCAGCCCUUCCAGGAGCUCAACAUGCGAGCCCCGAGAGGGUUUAACUUGGUGACCGUCGACAACAAGGACAUGCUUCUGGCCGCCAGCUUCAAGGGCAACACCCUGGCCUACCAGCACCUGGUGGUGGAUCUCAGUGCCAAAUGAACCCGUUCCACAGCUGAAUCUAGGGAUGGGCGGUAUGGACUAAAAAAUGUAUCACGAUCAUUUCUGGCAUUUAUCCCGAUAACGAUAAAAAUGACGAUAAAAAAAAUACCAAUUCAACUCCACCUUUGUAACUAUAAAUCUAUCUCGCUCUCAGAUCCGCCAUGU